AUGAGCUCCCGUGGCUUAGCUCGGGCACCUCCAGCCAAAAACGUGGUGGUGUAUCGCAACGGUGACCCCUUCUUCCCCGGGAGGAAGUUUGUGGUGAACCAGCGGCGGUUCCUGACCUUCGAGGCGUUUCUGAAUGAGGUGACCAAGAGCAUUCGCGCGCCCUUGGCGGUGAGGAACCUCUACACCCCCAGGCACGGCCACCGCGUCGCUGAGCUGGGGGACCUGCAGGAUGGGCGCCAGUACGUGGCUGCGGGCUUUGAAAAGUUCAAAAAGCUGGAGAAUACCGGCUUAUCGCAUGCUCUGGGUUGUUUCUACCGCAGUGUUUUCCGGAAUGGGGAUUUGCUGAGCCCUCCCUUCCCACUGCCGCUCUCCAGGAGCACCCCCCUGCAGUGGCACGCACUCCUGGCCACCCUGACAGAGAAAGCCGACCUGCGCAGCGGAGCUGUUAACAAGCUCUGCAGGCUGGAUGGAACCCAGGUGUCUGGUGGGGAAGAGCUGGUGAAUGGCAAUUACUACGUGGCAGUGGGAAAAGAGGAGUACAAAAAACUGCCUUACUUUGAGCUGCUGGUGCCCCAGAAGUCUGCAUGCAGGACGCUGUGGAACCACCCAAGCAGCCGCAAAAACCACCGCAGAAGGAGGCAAGCCCGGAAAUCUCACCUCAAAGAGGAAGAGUCCAUUUUCCAGGCUAAACCUGUCCAUGCAGGACAAAACAGAAGGAGCAACAGGAAUGCGCAGCACUGGCCUGAUCAAGAAGAAAGCGUCUAUAAAACCAGAGAUCCUGGGAAGGAGAUGCGAGGUGCCCGGGAUGUAAAAGAGGAUGAACACACAGGGGUGGAUGUACCCAUUGAUCAGGUCUGAGAACUGAUUUUCUGCCCUGCUGGGAGUCUCACUGCUGCAGGGAUGUACCCACGGUCCCACUAG